UGUCUCCAGCCUUGUGUUUCCUGUGUUCUGCUAACACUUCUCCCGUCCACGCAAACAAACGGUCCUCCUGAGUCCAGCCCUUCCCCUGAUAUGCUUCGCCGUUCUCUGUCAGAACUCGUAGUCCCUCCCGUGCCGGGGCCCGUGUGUCCCUUUUCAAUCACGCCUCUUCGGGCGUGCUGGUCUUGCCCUCGUCGACCAAGCCUUGGGGACUGUUCCCCUCGCCGGCUGUUCUCUCAUCUGUUCCCCCUCCGGUCUUGUCUGCUGGUCUCUCUUGCUCUCUUUUUCCCACGGUAAGAAUUUAAACGCUCCCAAAAACAAGUGGUCUAUGCAACUAACUCCCUCAAAGCGCCAAGAAGAGUCUUUCUAUCCUCGACUGGUGCCCGAGAGCAUUGAGAAUGAAUCGCCCGGGACUCCUCCUCCUCCACCGCUCACACGAUCACAUCUUCUCCCGUCAAGACAUCUGCAUCAGCACCGACCACAUUGGACCAUUUACAAACCGAAAAGAAAGCACCAUAUAGACAUGGAAAAGCCGGACAACAACAACAUACAAAACAUAAAAGAGAAAAAAAAAAAGAAAAAAAAAAAAAAAAGGGGGAUGGGCGUAAGGGGGUGGAUUUGGGUUUUGAGGAUUUGGUGGGGAUUUGAUGGGAAUUGCUUUGGAAUUUUUGGGGGAUGUCGUUGGGUUUCUCUUGUUCUUGUUUCUUUCUUUUCUUUGUCUUUGGGGUCCGUUAAGGCGGUAUUUGCUUUCUCAAGUCUGUCUGGAUUGUCGCGUUCUCUCUCUGCACGCUUACCUUCUCUUGCAGGAGAGUCUGAAUGCAUUGACAGAUUUAAUCGGGAGGUUAGAGGAGUUUCAUUUCCUACGGAGGGUCUACUGGGAAUUCGGGGCUCAGAGUUCCAUUAUUACUACUACAAGUUCCGAUGGAUAUUCUUAUUGGGGAACUUUUCUCGCUGCAAUAUUUAUGAUUACGCAGACGAGACUCGCUCAAGCAAUACUACAAUAUUUGCUGUGGUUAAUAUAAUAUCAUUCUUUGCUAGAAGACUCGGGUGUAGCCAUAAUGAAGACGAACCGUGGAUGAGGUGAGGUUAAAUUAGGGAACUAAUGACUCUGCUAGUGAUGGCGCUUGUAGUUUAGUUUGGCUGUCAGUGUGACGGGCGGUUAAAGCGGAUGGGCCAAUGACGGGCAGAAGCGCCCUGGACAAGUCCAAUCUAAAACACCAAGAC